AUGGCCCCCAUCGCCAUCGACAACGCCGCCCCCGCCGCUGUCCCUGCCAAGGGCCAGGACGGCAUCAACACGGAGCGCGAUGGUCUUGCUCUCGAGGAGCUCUCCGACAACAUCGACGCCGUCAACGUUCUCAAGGAUACGUUGAAGAAGCAGGGCAUGACCCAGGAGGAGGUCGACAUCUACGCUCAGUCCAAGUUCGACGCCGAGAAGGACAAGACCCAGUUCCGCCAGUACGAGGAGGCGUGCGACCGCGUGAAGAACUUCUAUCGCGAGCAGCACGAGAAGCAGACCGUUGCCUACAACCUCAAGGCCCGCAACGACUUCCACUCCAAGACCCGUGCUGAGAUGACCGUCUGGGAGGCCAUCGAGAAGCUCAACACCCUCAUCGACGAGUCCGACCCCGACACCUCGCUCUCCCAGAUCGAGCAUCUUCUCCAGACCGCCGAGGCCAUCCGCCGCGAUGGCAAGCCUCGCUGGAUGCAGCUGACUGGCCUGAUCCACGACCUUGGCAAGCUUCUCUUCUUCUUCGACGCCCAGGGCCAGUGGGACGUUGUCGGUGACACUUUCCCCGUCGGCUGCAACUUCGACAAGCGCAUCAUCUACCCCGACACCUUCAAGGGCAACCCCGACUACGGUCACGAGAUCUACGGCCAGGAGUACGGCAUCUACACCCCUGGCUGCGGUCUUGACAACGUCAUGCUCUCCUGGGGCCACGACGAGUACCUCUACCACAUCGCCAAGGAGCAGUCCACCAUCCCCGACGAGGGUCUCGCCAUGAUCCGCUACCACUCCUUCUACCCCUGGCACAAGGAGGGCGCCUACCACUGGAUGAUGAACGAGAAGGACAAGAAGAUGCUCGAGGCCGUCAAGGCUUUCAACCCCUACGACCUCUACUCCAAGAGCGACGACAUGCCCAAGGCUGAGGAGCUCAAGGACUACUACCAGGAGCUCAUCGACGAGUACUUCCCCAACAAGGUCAUCAGGUGGUAG